UAGCUGCAUCGCUGUACCUACGUCAUCAUGACGUCUGGGGUGUUGCGUGGGCUAGCUUUAGCAGCGUUAGCCGUAUAACAGUGAUGGUGGAAGGUGAAGAUUUCUGAAACACAUCAACGGAGAUUGACAUUCAUGAGACGAGUUUAUUAAUGGUGAGCUCUGUGUCAUGUCUGUGAAGAGCCCCUCAGACUUACUCAAUGAAAACACGUACAUACCCCCUUCACUGACCCUUGACCUCUGCUUAUCCUAUGAAAGAAAGUUGGGCCUGAAAGAUACUCCUGGGUCAACCUCUUUCUCUCCAAAGAGUCGACACAAUUACGCCAGUACAACCUCCAUCCAGCUCCUCAAAGGCAUUAUGGGAGGACUAGAUGAUGAUGCAUCCCUCCAGCACCAGGAAGAUGAAUGGAGCAGAAAUCAGGAAAAUGAACAUGGUCUUCCAUUCUCUGAGAGCAACACCAAGUGGAUGAAAGAAGAUCAGAACCAAAUAUGCAAGUUAGCAGAGCAGCAACAGCAAGACCAGAAUCUCAAUCUGGUUGAAAACAAGAAUGAAUCCACAGAUAGAAACCCAAACCAGAACUCACAGCGGCGAAAUGAAGAGAAGAACAAGACCCUGAAAGCGCUCUGCUCUGACCUGCAUGAUUGGGCGGCUGAUGAACAUCUUCUGAUUUACUCUUCUGCCGCCAUGAUGGAGAAGAAUCAGGAAAACCAAGAGCAGAUGAGAGACAAGGAAGCAGAAAGAGAAGAAGAGGAAAAUUUAAAUCCCAGUGGAUGCGUGAACAUAGACCCGUCUGAAAUUCAGAAGAAAGGAGGCGAAAGUGGCAGCAGAAAUGCUUGUUUGCUGUUUGGCAAGAACGGCGUUACCAGUGAUGAGGACUCCAGCUGCAUGUCGCUGUCACAGGGAAGCACUACAAGCAGCACCCCCGAUGAAGAUCCAGAGUCCUAUUGGGAUGGCAGUGCAUUUGAAACAGACACGGACCUGCCUGCUGGUUGGAUGCGAGUGCAGGACACAUCAGGCACCUACUACUGGCACAUUCCCACAGGUACCACACAGUGGGAACCACCUGGGCCCCUGGAGGAGAGACCAGCCAGUGCAUCGCCUGUGCUCACACCAGCUGACGAGCCACAGAUUACAUGGAGCUGUGUUUCACAACCAAACACAUUCAGUGUUGAAGAACUCUGGCAGAAGGAGGAUGUAGUUUCUGAUGAAAGUCUGAAGGAGUUUGAGGGAGCAACUCUACGCUACGCCUCCAUCAAUCUGAGUUUUUCUCAGUCUGAGGAGGAAGAGGAACAGACUUAUGUCAGCAGUAUUGAGAGGGCGAAGUGCUUUGCAGUGCGUUCUCUGGGCUGGGUGGAGAUAUCAGAGGAGGAAAUGGCUCCUGGCAGGAGUAGUGUUGCUGUUAAUAACUGUAUUCGACAACUGUCCUACCAGAAACACAAUCUAGAUGACACAGCUGGCAUCUGGGGCGAGGGGAAGGAAAUGCUGCUGGUGCUGGAGAAUGAGACUCUGAAUCUGAUCGAGCCUCAUGGGCGUACGCUGCUCCACUCUCAGCCAAUUGUCAGCAUCCGUGUGUGGGGAGUGGGACGCGAUGAUGGCAGGGAGAGGGACUUUGCAUAUGUGGCCCGAGACAAGUUGACUCAUGUGCUCAAGUGUCAUGUAUUUCGAUGUGACACCCCUGCAAAAAACAUUGCCACAAGCAUGCAUGACAUCUGCUCUAAGAUCAUGGCCCAGAGGAAGUCUUCCAGUAGAAUAAACACUGAGCUCUCCAGACUUGGGGACAUCCCUUUCCAGGAGUUCCCAGCUCCCAAGAAUGAGCUGGUGCAGCGCUUCCAGGUGCGGUAUUUGGGUCGUGUGCCAGUGACAAAGCCAGUUGGCAUGGACAUUAUUAAUGUAGCGUUGGAGACGGCCCUCAUCAACAAAGAAAAGGAGGAUUGGACAGCUGUGACUGUGAACGUGGCAUCCGCUACACUCACCAUUCUAACUUCUGAGACAGAGGAAGUUCUUUCCGAGUGUCGCGUGCGUUUCCUGUCAUUUAUGGGAGUGGGGAAGGAUGUGCACACGUUUGCAUUCAUCAUGGCAGAGGGACCUGGAGACUUUAUCUGUCACAUGUUCUGGUGUGAUCCUAACGCAGCCACUCUAAGUGAGGCCGUACAGGCUGCCUGCAUGCUGAGGUAUCAGAAGUGUUUGGAUGCUCGGCCUCCCAACAGUAGCAGCUCUUGUCUGCCCGGCCCACCUGCUGAUUCUGUCGCCCGCCGGGUCGGCUCAAGUGUUAAGAAGGGUGUUCAGAGUUUGCUGGGUAGCUUUAAAAGAUCUGGAACUCAAACACCCUAAGAAGUGCAACAUUCCCUCAGCAGUGCUCACUGCAAAUUCUUUCUUUUGUGUAUGUGUUUUUAUGGGCUUAAAAGUAGAGGGUCGUUCAUGUCACUUCAGCUGUCCUCAUGCAGUUAGCACGCAAUAAUGAAGAAUACAAGAAGGCAUGCAAGUUAGACUGAUAGAUAUUCCAUUAUUUAACACUACAUUUUCAUUUACUUUUACCAUGUUUGUUUACGUUAGCAGUGAUUUAGCACUAUGGGGUAUGAAUGUGACUCACCAAAAUUGGAUUUAUAAUGUAGUGGAUGUUAUGUGGACUACACACCCUAAAGACACUAAACAUUACGCAUGCUAUCACAAAACACUAAAAUGAGCUUAUACACUAUGCAAUGUGCUUAUUUUUUAUUUGUUGUUCUUCCUGUGGCUUUGUGUUGUGACACACAUUGUGCUAGCUUUGACUGCUUUUAAUAUUUUUUUCUCCAAAAGAACUGAUUCUUUUCCAACCUCAAAGCAGGGACAGAACUAACAGAAAACGCAGACCUUGUAACAUCUGUGUGCCCUGAAAAUUCUGUCAUCAUUCACUCACCUUCAUGAUGUUUCAAACCUGUAUGCCUUUCUUUCUUCUGUGGAAAACAGAAGAUAUUUUUUAAAAAUGUCAGUGUUGAAACAUUUGUCUCAAGUGACUUUCACUUUGUGGAAAAAAAGGUGCAGCUCCACAUUUUAUUUGUCUUGCCUCACUGACUGCAAGUCAAAAAGCCUUUUAAUUUCUUCCAUUACAUUUGCUGAUAAUGAUUUUUGUAAAAAAUGAACUCAAUUAAAUUAUUACACAUUACUUUACAUUUACCAACUCUGUCGGUUUGUGAAUUUGACUAUUAAUUUGUGAAAUAGCAUUAACAUAUCCUAGUCUUCCUAAGUGGAUUUGCUCAUUAGAAAGCCUGCUUUGAAUCAGCAUAUAUUUUAUUAUCAUGUAAUUUUAUGUUGUUGUUUUUUUCUAUGUGUUUGUUGUAUUGGAUGGCUUCAUCUGGAUGGAAACAUGAUUUUUGAUCAUGAUAAAAAAUGCUCAGUCCAACAGCAUAGCAUGUUUGACAGAGGAUGUGACAUACACUGAUUCUCUAUGGUGCUCUCUGCAUUUGUCCCUGUCAAGUUUCUACAGUACAUACUGGUUUGUCACUAAAAUUAUUCCUUGUCUCAAUUUCAAAUUGUAUAUUGAAGUCCACUGAUUAUCUGCACAUAAUUUACAUGUUGUGUAUUGGAAACAAUUUUUGGAAAUAUAUCUUAAAUGCUUUGCAACGAUGGCAGUCUUGCUGUAUAUAGACAUUAUUUCUUUCAAAUACACAUUGUAACAUAUUUCCAUGUCUUAAACUUUUAAUAAUGUGUAAGAAUUCAUAAAUAUCAUGUUGUGUUAAUUCUAGUUAAUGUACAUACUGACUUUAAUACACUAAUAGGGCCAGACAGCUCAAUUUUUAAUUCGUUUUCAGCCCCAUUUUCAUGUCCAAUUACACCUGUCGUUAAAGGAAAUGUUUAAAUGCACUUGAAUGUUCAAUCUCCUUUAUGUAUCCGAAUGCUUCAUCUUGGCCCUUAUUACUUUGUGUGUAAGUCUAGAUAAUGUAAUGUGAUGCUUAAAAUACGCUGCUUUUGUUAACGCUCUAGAAAAAACUUUACUGUAGAAUAGGCGUACAUGUAAAUAUUCUGCAUUACAUCGAGAACUGUUAUCAAAGAAAAUGUCACUUUAAUAUCAUGAAGGUACUUUGUGUGCCUAAAGCACAGCUAAAAAAUCACAAGCUGUUUCUUAAAAAACAAGGAAAUGUUACUUUAUGCAUAAAUCUUCACUUAUUGGUAACAUGGUAGAAAUGCCUCAAGUACAUUUGCUUUUCCAAAUAAGACAUUUUAGCUAUGAUACUAAGAAAUUUGAAGGAUCAAUCCUGUAAACACUUACGUAGAUGCUUAUGUAGAGUCCUGUAAACACGUAUGUAGAAUGUUUUAACCAUUACAUUUUUAAGGAGAGUUGAUUUUAACUGAUUUCUUAAAAUGUAAAUUAAAUGUUAUAUAGUUACAAAUGUGACUGGAUGAAAUAAAAAAAUUGAAAAUGCA